GUCAUUUCGUGUGUUUGAGUCAGAAGAGAGAGCAGUCCCAGUCGUAGUCCUCGGCACUAGAAACAGCCUUCUCUCUGACUAGAGAAGAUCUUGUUAUACUGUUGUUCUCCUGGACUAUGAAGCCAGCCAAAAGAGUAGCUGUCAUCGGCGCGGGUCCCUCAGGCGCCAUCACUGUCGACGCCCUCGCACGCGAAAAUGUGUUUGAAGUGAUCAAAGUUUUUGAGAGGCGCGAUAGGCCUGGUGGGUGCUGGGUGGACGACAAGGAGCCACCGGCCCCUCUUACCAACCUCGCCGCCCUCGCAGCCCGCACUGCAGACCCGCCUGUCCCCAUCCCGGCGUCCCUCCCGGCACGAACACCACUGACGGCCUCAUCCUCGUCGUCAUCAGAGCAGCCCAGAUUCGUCGAAUCAAGCAUCUACCCGUACCUCGAGACCAAUGUCGAAGACGCCGCCAUGUGCUUCACGGGCGGCGGCGUGGAGGUCAUCCCAGCCGAGCGGUCCGCGUGGUCCAUCUCUAUGCACGGCGAGAACACGCCAUUCAGGCACUGGACUGUGAUGAGGCGGUAUGUGGAGGCACUAUUUGCGAGGGAGGGUUAUGGUGGGUGGGUGCAGUAUGGGACCUGCGUGGAGAAGGUUGAGAAGGAUGUUGGAACGGAGGAGUGGAUACUGACCUUGAGGAGACGAGAGGAGGAGGCGGAGACGGGGGGACGAGUUGACUCCUGGUGGCAGGAGAGGUUUGACGCCGUUGUCGUGGCAAGUGGUCACUUCAAUGUCCCCUAUAUACCGGCGGUGGAAGGACUGGAUGAGUUUGAACGGAACAGGCCGGGCAGUGUCUUGCAUAGCAAGAUGUACAGGGGGCGUGAUGCCUUUCGGGGAAUGACAGUGGUCGUGGUCGGGGCAUCCGUCUCCGGCGCCGACAUAGCAUAUGACCUCGCCUCUCACCGCGUCACCCGCGACGGCGGCAUCGUCCACGCUAUCGUCGUCGGGCACAACUUCAACAUCUACUUCAAGGACGAGGCGUUCCACCACCCUCUAAUCCGUCGGCAUCCUUCCAUCGCCCGUGUCGAUGCUGCCACCCGCACCGUGCACCUCAUCGACGGUACGAGCAUCGAAGGGGUGGACCAUAUCAUCUUUGGCACAGGUUACAGCUGGUCGCUGCCCUUUCUUCCGCAGGAGGUGUGCGUGCGGAACAAUCGCGUGGCAGACCUCUACCAGCACGUCGUCUGGCGCGAAGACCCUACCCUGCUGUUCGUCGGCGCUGUGGGCGCCGGGCUCACUUUCAAGAUCUUCGAGUGGCAAGCCGUCUACGCCGCGCGGCUCCUGGCCGGCCGAGGCCAACUCCCUAGCAAAGAGGAGAUGAGGGUCUGGGAGGAGGAGAGGAUCGCGCGGAAGGGGGACGGGCCCAAGUUCCAGAUGAUCUUCCCGGAGUUUGAGGAGUACUUUGAGGACGUGCGGAGGCUGGCGGGCGAGCCUACUGCCUCAGGAGAGGGGAGGACGCUGCCUAAGUUUGAGGAGGCGUGGUUUCGCUCUUUUAUGGAGGGGCAUGAUCGGAGGAUUGAGAUGUGGCGGAGGGAGAACCAGAAGGCCAGGGAGGAACUGCAGAGGGAGAAGGGUGGAAAGGAGGAAGAAGCUGCUCUGCAGAGUCAUAUAUGACACUCGAACCAGCCAUUUUGGGUGAUACUGGCUUAAGAUGUCUAAUCCCUUUUGAUACAUUUGAGAGUUACUGUGAAUUGCGAAUAUAAGAAGCAUGCUGUUCCC